AUGGAUAGAACUCAAAAACCCCUAGCUAUACUAGAGCGCAUGCUUUUCGAGAGAGCUCCAUCCUUCCAUAUCAGGAUGAGAUGGAUGGGCACGUUGGCUUCAAUGAGUAUAGUAAUUUCAGAUUUGAACGAGAGGCAAUCCAGAGCUAUGACAGCAUCGGUGGACGUUGUCCAGCAGAGAAAGGAGGGAGAUAUCUUACUGGAUAGACAGCCUAACAACGGGAAUAUCAGUAUCGCUGUACCCGCCAGCAAAGCCACCCGAACCCAAUUUUAUCAUAGAAGUGGAUGCGUCAGCACACUCGUACGAGCAGAGAGCUUUCGCGAUACACUUCGGGUUACUAACCUUCGGUCCCACACUUUCAGGGGUCUGCUGGUCAGGUGUGAUAACCAGGCAGCAUGUAGGAUUUGCAAAGUUGGUAGUAACAUAGAGAGCCUACAGAGACAAGCAGAAGACAUCUGGGAGCUGCAGAGCCAUUUAGGGCUGGCGGAAGUCAGGGUAGAAUGGAUCCCAAGAGAGCGGAACAGGCUUGCGCAUAAAGAAAGUAGACAGAUUUCGAUAGCUGAGGAGAGCUGGUGCUCACCGCACAUCGUGAUCAAUGUGUGCAUAGUAGACACCACUGAACCACCACACGCCCACGAGACUGAUCGUCGCCACAAUCGACGCUUUUCUCGCAACAAUUGCUUGGUCAGGACAUCCCCUAUGGGUGCCCCUACUGGCCGUGAUGGGAAGAACUGGGCGAAUUUCGUGAAAGACGGGGCCUUCUUCCCCGUCGGUUACAAGAUAUUCACACCGUGCCCUCACUCCAAUAUAUUCAAUAGUGAGUUUUCGAGGAUAAGAUUCAUGUUCCUUCUCAUAGACUUUCGAGAGUCUCCUUUCCCACAAAAAGCUCUGACUUUCUAA